GGCCCGGCCCGGCCCGGCCCCGCACGCGGCCGCCGCUCCCGAGGGUCACCGCGGGGCUGGCACCGGGGCGCCGGCGGCUCCGCGCCGCUUCCUGCCGCCGCCCUUAAAGGUGCGGGGCGGCCGCGGCGCCUCCCGCGCAGCCAGGUGAGCGCCGAGCCGGGCGGGCGCCGUCGAGGCUGCGCUUCCCGUCCCUUCCUCCGUGUCCGCUCGGCGGCUGCCCGGGCACCGGCGACCUCUUGCCCCCGCGGUGAGGCCGUUGGGCCCUUUGUCUCCCGGGCUGCCCCGUCCCCGCGCUCGGGACCGGCGUGAGCGGCCGCGGGCGGCUGUCAGCGCCGCGGGACGGCUCGGAGCGGGCUCGGCUGCGGGGCUUCAGGCUCGGUUAAGGCUGCUCGGGGGCUCUUCCCUCUCCAGGAUGAUCCAGCGGCACCAGCUGGUGCAGUCUGUGCUGCAAGAGCUGCAGGAAGCCACCGAAUGCUUUGGUUUGGAGGGCCUCACCAGUGCCGCGCUGGAGGCAGAGAGGACACUGUCAUCUUUCUCCCUGCCUGGCUACUGUGGGAGGCAGUUCCAAGAAGAGCUGGAGGUUGACCGGGUAGCCAGGAGCCUCUAUCCUGAGGAUGCCCCAAGUAACAUGCUACCUCUGGUUUGCAAAGGUGAGGGGAACCGCCUCUUUGAGGCUGCCAGCGUGCUGCUCUGGGGCAACCCCAGCCUCAGCCUGGAGCUGCAGGUGCGUACGGUGGUGGAGAUGCUGCUGCACAAGCAAUACUACUUGAAUGGCAUGAUCGACUCCAAAGUGAUGCUGCAGGCUGCCCGCUACUCCCUCUGCACUGAGGAAACCCCAGAGAUGACCAGCCUCCCCAUGGCUAUUCUGGAGGCCAUCUUUGAUGCUGAUAUCAAAGCUACCUGUUUUCCUGGCACCUUUGCCAACAUGUGGCAUGUCUAUGCUCUUGCCUCAGUACUGCAGUGUAACAUUUACUCCAUCUACCCCAUGAGAAACUUGAAGAUCCGACCCUAUUUCAACCGGCUCAUCCGGCCCAGGAAGUGUGGCCCGCGAACUUCCACGCUCCACAUCAUGUGGUCAGGGCAGCAGCUCUCCCAGCAGGUCUUCAAAGCGCAGUACUUCGUGGCUGUGGUUGGCCUGGAGGAGCUAGAACCCACAAUGCCUUCUCCAGAGCCUCCCGUCCAGCCCAUGAAGACCCUUGAGCUGCUGAACAGUGACCCUCAGCUGACCUACUCCAACCUGCGUGACCGGUACAGCAUUACCAAGAGCACCUUCUACCGAUGGAAGCGCCAGUCUCGUGAACACCGACAAAAAGCAGCUGCCAGAUUUGCAGCUAAACACUUCCUCCAGUCCUGCUUUCAGGAGGGAAAUAUAAUCCCUCUCCAGCAUUUCCGACAAAUGUUUCCAGAAAUCUCCCGAUCCACAUACUACGCAUGGAAGCAUGAGAUGCAGAGUAUGGUUAAUGGUGAUGCCUCUGCUCUGGCUGAGGCCCAUGGGUUGCAGGAGCUUCACAAGGAUGUCCCCAAAAAGGCUGAUGUGGAUGACCCAGCAAAUCCACGAGGGAGCUUAAGGUCCCCAAGUCCUUCCCUAGACCCCAUCCAAGCAGGAAUCUUCAUGCAAGGAGCCAAAUCCUACUUGGAGAAGUGCAUUUCCAUGAACACUCUGGUGCCUUACAGGUGCUUCAAGCGCAGCUUCCCUGGCAUCUCCAGGUCCACCUAUUACAACUGGCGAAGAAAAGCAAUCAAGGAGAAUCCCAACUUCAACCCCCCCCAGUCUCCCUUAGAUAACCAGAAACCUCUAGUGAUAGGAAAGCCAUUCUUGCAGUUGGAGCCAAGCAACAUGCCUGUUAGGAAGAAGCUGAAUGGAGACCGGCCAGCACCCAGGAGCCUCCUGCAGCUCAAGCCCUCUCUGUGCUGGAGAAAGCAGCUGCGGGAUGUGGCCAGAAGGCAAGUCCAGCAAUGGCGGCUGCCAUUCUGCAAGUACCGUCUACGCUACCCGUCUCUUUCCUCCACAGCCUACUGGUUUUGGAAGGGCAGGGGCUGGGCCAUCAGGCAGCAUCGCUUGCCCUGGACCAGCUCCAGCCGGCCACUGAAUCAGGGGGCUCCCCUGGCGCCUCCGAGAGUGGAGCCAGGCUUCAAGCCCCAGUGCCACAUGGAGAUAGCCACGAAGCACUUAGAUAAACCAGUGCUGACCAUGCCGUACAACACCACCAUCUCAGGCUAUGCCAUGUCAGAGAGAGCCAACAGCAGGAUGUUUGUGAUGGAUGUGAUCGCCACUGCCCAGUUCAAGGCACAGGCCAAGCUGUUCCUGCAGCAGCGUUUCGAGUCGAAGACCUUCCCUACCUACAAGGAGUUCAGUGCCCGCUUCCCACUCACAGCCCGUUCCACGUAUUACAUGUGGAAGCGUGCCCUGCAUGAUGGGCUCACACUUGUGGAUGCCUGAGUGCUGGUUGCCAGCUGGCUUGGCCACAACUCCUCUGCUGACACGCCCUUUGGCUCUUCAGUGAGGUGCCCAUGCCAGGGCCCUGCUCUAAGUUUUGUUCUGAUUUGGUUUUGUUUUGUUUUGUUCCUAGUCUCUGGUUUUUGGUUUUUUUUUUUUGUGGUUCAAUCGGAUAUGGGAGCAUCCUUGCAGUGCCCAUUCCUGGAGACAGGUAGAGUGGCAAGAGAAGUCACGGAGCUGCCCCAAAGGAAAGGGGAGGUUGCCCUCCUUCUGUGCUUGGAGGGUGAGCAAGGGAGGCAGUGCUGUGCCAAGUGUCACGGGAUGCUGCUGGGCCCUGGGUACGUGCUUGAAUGAGUAAUGCGGGUGUGCAAGACUAGCGGGGAGAUGCCCAGCGUUCCUUCAGGGAGCAGAGCAGCACUGGCUCAGCUGUGGGUGAGGAGGGGUUUGGGGGAGGGUGUUCAGCUUUACGGGAGGAGCAUAUUUGCUCUUCCCAGUUAAAGAGAGUAAAAGCAUCACUUGGAGUCAGCACCAAUGCAACUUUGGCUUUCUGGUUCUUAAUACCUGCCUCUGCCUACCCUGAUCUCCCCUAGAGGGAGCAGGGACUGGUAGAGGAGAGGACUUAUUUGCAUUGUAGUCUGUUUGCUGGGAACAUUAAGCUGGCAGCUGGUGUCUUGCAAGCACCAGAGAAGCUGUGCCUGACCUUUCUGGUCUUGUAGCGAUAGCGUUUCACACAAUCCUUUACUCUCACAGCUGGUGGCUGCCUUACUUUCCAAAGGUCUCUCUUCCCUGGUGACCAGAGAAGAUGGAGGCUGGCCCUUGUGUUGCCCCAUCUCCCUGCAUCCUCUGUGCCAUGCUGCAAGCUGAACACAAAGCGGACGUCUCUUUGCAGCAAGCCUAGAUGCAUAUAUCUCAGUUGUAAGAAACCAAAGC